AUGGGGACCUCUCCUUCCUCGUGCUGUGCAUCCAACCUGGGCGAUGCCUCCGAAAUGGUCAAGGACUCCAACGUUCCAGGGCGAUUUGGGAAGGACUCUCACACCUUCGAGAAUGGUGCCACUUAUACCGGCGAGUGGAAAGGAACUUGCAGGCACGGCAAAGGCGCGCAGAUUUGGCCCGAUGGUGCACGCUACGAAGGCGAUUGGAUUGAUGACAAGGCCACCGGCUCCGGAAGAUUCGAGCAUGUUGAUGGCGAUGUCUACGAAGGUCAGUGGAGAGAUGACAAGGCACACGGCCAUGGCACCUACUACCACGCUGACGGGUCCAAGUACGAAGGCCAGUGGCAGGACGACAAGCAGCACGGCCAAGGGACCGAGAUGUGGCCGGACGGGGCCAAGUACACCGGGUCCUACGUGCAUGGCAACAAGUCAGGGCCAGGCCAUUUUGCCUGGGCAGACGGCUCCAGCUAUCAGGGAGAGUUUUUGAACAACGACAUUCAUGGGGCUGGCAUCUACAAGUGGAGCGACGGAAGAAAGUUCGACGGCCAAUGGGCCCGCAACAGGAUGCAUGGAUUCGGGCAAUUCAGCUGGGUGGAUGGUCGCAGCUACGAAGGCCAGUAUGUCAGUGACCAGAAGGACGGCGAGGGCAUCUUCAGAUGGCCUGACGGACGGCAGUACGAUGGACAAUGGAAGAAUGGCAAGCAGCACGGCAUUGGUAUCUACUGCACCGCGCGAGGAGACAAGCGCCGAGGUGAGUGGGAAGAAGGACGCCGCACGUGUUGGCUUGGCCCAGCCGAGCCGCAAAAGACGGAGAAUGACGGCCAGACCUGA